AUGGCUUCCUCCUCCUGGGCUGGCUAUGGCCCCGCGGCUCCCACCCAGGGACCUUCUUCCGCCCACCUCCAACGCAGCGCCUCGGGUGACCGUCAGAAGAAGCCUCAGUCCCGACAACUCCUUUCGUGUACCAAAUGUCGAGAGAGAAAGGUUAAGGUUCGGAGUCGACCGCCUCAUCGUUGGCAGCUUACGCUAAUCCAUCACCGCAGUGCGACCGUACCAAGCCAUGCUCUGCUUGCUGCGCCAGAGGUCAUCCCAAGGAGUGCGAGUUCGUCGUGGGCGAAGGCAACGACUAUAGUCCUAUUCAACAGUCGUACGAGAUUCGAAAGCUUCGUGCUGAGAACCAACGGCUCAAGGAGAGGCUUCAACAAGCUCGCUUGACCGGCUCCGGAGACGACGAUGAUGAUGGCGACUCUUCUGACCGCAAAGGGUCGAGGACGACUUCGAGAGCAGCUGCCUCGCGCCAACGACGCUUCAAGACUGGAGAGCGGGUCGACAACCUGUACUUCGGCACGCCGGGUCUCGCCAACAUCGUACACGACGUAAGUGCUUGCUCCAUCGCAUCACAGCUUUUCAAAGUCCGACUGACGACGCAGUUUGCCAAUCUGCAAGUCGGCAGUCAAUCACUAACGCAUACCGUCCCACGAGGUCGAGACAUGUACCUGCCGCCGGACGGUCCAUCGGCAUACCCUUUCCCCAUCAUGCAGGGUGGUAAUUCCGCCGCGGAGCUCGCGAGAGGGCUCUUGAGAUCACACGACCUUGUCUACGAGACGGUCGAUAUCUUCCAGCGCAGAGCUCAGUCAUGUUACUUUCCACACACUCCGGAUGAGGUGACGAAGAGGGAGGUCGAGCGGUUCCUGUCGGACGCCGAAGGCAAUGCAGAGAAGUAUCCGGACAUGCUCGCUCUCAUAUUUGCGACCAUGGCCACCGGGAUGCAGAUGGGCGUGUACGACAGACAUGGCGGCUGGGUUGCCGGCGCAGUGGAAGAUACAAGAAGAACAAGUGAUGUCUACCGUGGGUCAACUGCAGACUUCGUCGCAAUCUCAUCCACUGACCACGAUGUAGUGGCCGCGGCGAAGCAAGCACUACGACUCGCUUCCUAUCUCAACUCGCCCACGUUACUCGGCAUUCAAACACUAAUCAUGAUGGGGCCAUAUUUGACAAAUAGUGGACGCUUCCUGGACGCUUGGACGUUGUUUGGCACUACCAUUCGCAUGGCGCACUCGAUCGGUCUUCAUCGCGAUCCGAAGUUCCUCGACCCAGCACCACCGUUACGUGAGUGCAGUAUCAGACGAACACUAUGGUGGUGGAUGCUGCAUAUGGACCAACAGUACUCCGUAACCCUUGGACGGCCGCUUGGUAUCUCUGGCUUUGGCGACUGCCCUGCUCCCGAGCCGCUCACGACGAACCCAACCAUACUGCGACUCGGCGAGUUUGUCGACCACUUCACCAUACUCGCGCGGCAAAUACUCAGCAGCGACGGCAUGAUGAAUGUGAGCAGGAUCGACGAGUUCACGGACAAAUUGGUUGGCCUGUGGGAUACCAUGCCGGAGGCUUUGCAGUUCAACGAGAGCUGGGUACAACCGGACAAGAUUUUACCGGAAUGGCCUCUUGAGGUCAUGUCUGCAAGUAAGUGGACGACUGCGAGGUUGGCCGGAGCCAGGCGCUGACGGACGCAAUAGUGCUGUUUUCCAAAGUUCAGUCCUUCCUCAUACUACUCAACCGCCAACGAGUCGAGCGGACCCAGGCGACACCAGGCGAUCAUUCUCCGCCGGGACACAUGAUGCCACCUCCUCGACCACAACAGAUGUCGAACUCGCUGCCGUAUGGGGAGCACGCAGCACCUGUGCGCGGACGAAGGCUAGUCAUCAACUCAUGCGCUCAGCUCUUGCAAGCAUUCAUGUUCUUCUACCACCGCAAUCCAGCAGUAUUGAUCUGCUGGACCAUGGGACAGCAAGCCUUCAACGCUUGUAUGAUUCUCAUCCUGCACGCCUGGGAGACGGAAGAGGAACACCACCAAUGGCUCGUUGAGAACGCGUUUGUCGCCUUCUCCGAGCUACAGAAUAAUGGAGUCCACAGACUCGCAGAAGUCGCUGUUCGCAGGAUAUCAGACGGUCUGGCGAUGCUCGGACAACGGAAACAGCAACGCGAGCAGCAAGCUGCCAUGUCGCGACGGCAGCCUGGCUAUCACCCACAACUCCAGAUCGACACGGCUUCGAUGACGGACUUUUCGAACGACGCUGUCAUGGGAAACACGGGCAUGUUCCUACUGGAAGACCCCGGACUACAAUCAUACACCGCGCCAGUCUUUCAACCGCUAGGAUGGCACAUGGCUGGUGGCAGCGCACACCCGUCAAACUCCUCCAACCCCACGACACCCAACAUUCCCUCGCCGAUCGUACCCGUCAGCCUAGUCACAGCGGCUCCUUUUCCGGUCAUGUGCUCCCCUCCGUUCAUGUCGCCCAUCGUUUCCCGAGUCGACGUCUUACCUCCGUCCUACGGUACCGCGCCACCUAUUGCCCAGGCAGCUUUUACGCCCAUCAACACGGCGACCGGCGUCCCCUUGGCCCCGGCACCGCGAGGAGAGGAACCGCAGUCUUUUUCUCGGGUCCGCGGUCCCCCUCAUGGCCACAGUCAUCAUCGGCAAGCCCCAGGGUCGGGACCGCGAGGCAUCAAUCAGCAUUCGCAUCAACACCAGCACCGGCCGGCGCGGAGUCAGCAGCGGAGGAAGUGA